AUGUGGAGUUAUGGCCAGCCCCACAACGGCGCUGUCAGGGAGCACCAAGAGGGGGUGACCGACCGUGGGCAGCACGAUUCUCACACGCCUGGUCCACUGGCCAGGUUUGGGGAAGAUUCAUUGGGACUCCCUGGGUCGGUUCGCACCUUCAGGGUGGGAACGGAGCUGCGGGGAGUGCGCUCUAAUUCCCGUGUGGAGGGGGCUGCGGUAGGGGAUGACGAGGGUGAUGCGGAGGAGGAUGAGGAGGAGGAGGAGGAGGAGGAGGAGGAGGAGGAGGAGGAGGAGGAGGAGGAGGAGGAGGAGGAGGAGGAGGAGGAGGAGGAGGAGGAGGAGGAGGAGGAGGAGGAGGAGGAGGAGGAGGAGGAGGAGGAGGGGGACGGGGAGGGGGAGGGGGAGGAGGAGGAGGAGGAGGAGGAGCACGUGGAGUACGGUCGGGUAGGGGAGCGUGGGGAUGAGCAGGAUGAAUCAGGCAGUGGCGAAGGAAGUGAGUGCGCAUAUACUCCUACCGAUGAGGGGGGUGAUGCGGCCGAUGACGAGGUCCACGAAAUGGAUUAUUUGGAGGCGGAGGAUGGUGGGGAGGAGGACGAGGAAGAGGGCAACGAGGAGGAGGAGGGCGUUGGCGAAAAUGAGGGGAGGCGUACGUGUGGGGGGGGUCGCCGCCAGCAAGGGGCGGCUAGUGGAGCAGGAAGGGGGCAGGCUGGUGGUGUUUGGAGUGGGCGUGUGGAGAAGAGGGGUCGCGGGAGGGGGAGGAGAGGUGGAGGUGCGACGGCGCGUUGUCGCACCUCCCGCGGUUCCCCGCCUGCAGAAUCGGUGGACGGGGCUAGGCCUCGGCGACGGCAACGUGCUCCGGCCUCUGAUUCGGAUCUCGGCUUGACUGUCCACAUGUUCAACAACUGGCUUGUGGGUGAGGGUGAGACCUUUCCAGAGAAGGGGUAUGAGGGCGUGCCAAAUGGGGGGAUUGAUUGGCCGUAUUGCACGCAGUGGCCAAACUUCCCUGGUGUGGGACGUCAGGGCGGCGUUCGCGGAAGGGGGGGUAUGGAGCGGUUUGUGGGCCACCGGUUCAGCGUGCGCUCCUUGCGAGAGGCGGUCACCAAGAUGGUGGUGACAGGCAACGUGCCUUUCCGCUUCGUGGAGUUGGAGGCGUUCCGCGAGCUGAUGGUGCUGCUGAACCCGAACGUCGCGAACGUUCGAGUCCUUCCAUCAAGGUGGACGGUUGCGCGAGACGUAGUUGUGUUUGCUGAGCGUGCAAGACUGGAGGCGAUGGCUGAUUUGGCACCACAGCCCGGGGAGCGCGCCACGGGGGUUGCAAUCUCCAGUGAUAUCUGGACCGGGGGGAACGGGAAGGCCUACUCGGUGGUAAAGGGCCACUUUGUGACACGAGAUUGGAAGCUGCGGGAGGUGACGCUGGAUUUCCGUGAGAUGACAGGGCGACACGGGGGAGAGGAGAUUGCGGACUUGGUGCUGGAGGUGGUGCGUGAUUGGGACUUGGUGGACCGUUGUGUCGCCUUUGUGUGCGACAACGCGUCCAGCAACACCCACGCCUUCCACCUCCUCUCGGGUGGUAGUUCUCGCCCUGCCAUUUUCCGCCCAGGCAUGCACGUCAGGUGCACCGCGCACGUGCUGAACUUGGCGGUCCAGACAGCACUGAAGGUCCCCCUUGUGCGCAAGACCCUGCGUCUGGUGCGCGACGUUGCCAUCUUUGUUGGUUACUCCCCCAUCCGCACGGGGAACUUCCAGGCGGAGCAGGUGCGGGCGUACCCGGGUAGAGCGCCCUUGAAGCUGGUCCAGGACAGCCCUACUCGAUGGGGGUCGACGUAUGAGAUGGCGGUCCGCUUCCUCGAGCUGCGCAGGGCGAUCCACGUCCACUUCUACGACGACCAGGGCACGACGCCUAAGGAGCGGAAGCGCUUUAAAAAGCUCCGCCUCAAAGACCAGCACUGGGAGGCGCUUGAGGCAUUGAAGGUAUUUCUUGCACCCUUCAACGCCGUCACUAAGUCGGCGGAGGGGUCGCUCUACCCGACCAUCUCCAUGGUCAUUCCAAGCUACAACGAUCUUCUUGACAGUUUGGAGGAGAAGCUCCAUGGCAACCCGUCCCCGCUGAUGAGGACGAUGACCGUUGCCGCGCUGGGGCACUUGAAGAAGUAUGUGUACGCCAGCAGCGACGACCUGCUCAUCGCCACGUUCCUUGAUCCAGCGAUGAGGGAGGGGUACUUCGCUCUGGGCACGUUUGAGACUAGGCACCCAGAGUUGGUUCAGGGAGGGAGGGAGAGGCGGGCAACGGGCCCAGUGACGGUGGAGCAGAUCCUGGAGCUGGUGCGCACACGUGUGACGGAUUACCAGGCGCAGGCAGCUGCGAGAACGCCAGUGUCUCCACCUGCUGCAGCAGCGCCAGCACCUGCUGCCAACAUUGAGGGGGAUGAGGCUAUUGGCAGUAGGCGCCGCUUGAUUGCGCGCGUAUCUGCUUCACGUGCUGCAGGAGGGUCUAGGCAGUUGGGGGACGAGGUGGACAGAUAUGUGGGGCACGAUGAGACUGGCGACCUAUCCCCCCUCGAGUUGUGGCGCACAGUGAAGAACCUUGACACACUGCGAGCCAUGGCCAGGGAUUACUUGGCGAUUCCCGCCACCUCGGCAUCGUGCGAGCGAGCAUUCUCACAGAGCAGGAACUUGAUCACCUUCCAGUGCACACGCCUGAACACCGAGCGUGUGCGGUCGUGCAUGACUCUGCGGUCUUGGUACGACACGCACCCUGGUGGUCGUAUCGGCGAUGGGGCAGAUUCUGCCCGUGCUGCAGCAGCAGUGGACUUGGGGCUCGAGGGAGAGGAGGAAUGCGAGGAGGAGGAGGAGGAGGAGGAGGAGGAGGAGGAGGAGGAGGAGGAGGAGGAGGAGGAGGAGGAGGAGGAGGAGGAGGAGGAGGAGGAGGAGGAGGAGGAGGAGGAGGAGGGGGGGGGGGGGGAGGAGGAGGGGGAGGGGGAGGCGACAUAUGAAGCGGGUGUGGGAGAGGGCCAGGGCUAG